AUGGGGAAAAAAAGUGAGGAUAAGAGGAAGAACGAAGCCAGAGCCAGAGUGUCAUCAAAAGUUGAUGAUUCAUUACCAAUUGAAGAAUUGGAUAGCCAAAGUGUAGACUCUGAACUUGUGGAGAAACUAAAAGGUAUCAAUAUCAAUUCAGUGAAUCAACUGGUGGUGAUUGGAGAGGAUUUUAGACAACAAUUUUCACAAGCUGACAAGCAACAAAUUCUCCAAGGCCUGCAGGAACUAAUGAACUGUUAUAAAGUCAAGGCUGAUGUCUUUGUGGAACAGGCCACUACCAAAUUCAAAGAUUUAGGUGAUCAUGGUACUCCAUUUCAGAAGAAACAGUUUGAAGCGUUGAGUAGAACAAUAGUGACUAUGGCUGUGACUCAAAUGUCAUGGGUCAACUCAGGAAUGCCCUCAACGACGAGUUUAUAUAUGAGUAUUAUAAAUGUUAUUCAAGGCUGUUGA